GAACUAUUCUAAUUUAACAAUAAAAAUUAUCGGAUCGGAGCAUGUAAGCUUUCAGGAUAAUUCCAGUUUGGAUUAUCAAAUUAAAUGGAUUUUAAAAGUGUUUUUCGACGAUAGUUUCAACAAUUCCGUUGAAAUUAAUAGAACUUCUGCUGUCAAUCAAACAAUUACAAUUAUUGAAGAACAACUUAUUAACUCUUCUUAUAUUCUUACAUUUUCAAAUUUAGCUAAUAUCGUUAAAUUCAUUCUACAAGGAACUGCUUACUUCAGAAUUACUGAUGAGGUUGAAUGGGCUUAUCCUAUAACUCAUCCUAAUUUUACUGUCUAUGGACAAUCAACCAAUGGAAAUUUUUCGGAAAGUUUGCUUUUGACAGAUUUGAGAUAUGGAAGUUUCCCAAACAUGCAAACAUUAAUCGACGGCUACGAACUGGUAAAAUCCGGACAAAAGCUGAAUUCUAACGUUACCGUUAAGGUUGAUCGUGGAAAGGGAAUAGUAAGAAUUGACUUUAUAAGUGGUUUUUACGCUCAUUGGCAACCUGAAUCGACUAUAUUAAAAUCACAAGCAAUUGAAUCGACUGGACUAAAUCCAUUUGUUUUCUCGAGGCAUACACAUUCUUUCGAGUAUUUUAAUAGAUAUGAUCAACAUUGGUUCAGCACUAAUACCAAAAUCAAAAGACCAGCUGAUAACCCCGAACCCGAAGGUAUUAUACGGGUCGAAGGACUUUUUAGGAUUGAAGAUUAUCGUAGACUGGCAAACCAAACAAAAAUCUGGAUGAAUAUUGCUGUAAAUGUAAACGGUAUGAUAUGGAUAGGAAGAAUGGGUUCAAGAUUUUUCGACUCUCCGAAUAGAGUUUCAAAUUUUGAUACUCAAUUAUAUGUUGUUGAUCAACGACUUGAAAAUAACAGACAAGUUGUCAAGACAAUUCUCCAUGUUACUCAUUUACCAGCAUCUGAAGCCUAUGGAUCUAACUAUACUCUUACGUUUUACGGACUACCAGGAACGACUUUCGGUCAAUUCGUACAAUCCGGUAGAAGUGCACGCUCCACGUCAAACAAACAAUAUUCAGAUUGUUUUUCUAUAAGAAUUCCGACUCUCGUCUUUGCAGAUAUAGUUCACGUUCCUUUCGAAUUUUCAUUCCCUUUAAAUUAUUCUCUUGGUGGAGAUCUAACAACCUAUAUAGGAGUUGCAGAUAUCUACUCGUACGUUGAUAGUUUUAAUAGAAGUGAACUGUUGAAAUUCGAUAGUAUGUUCUUAAUUAUUCCUAUAAUAGUCCUAUUACCGCCCCCAAAGAUCACUGAUUUUAGCAGUUUAGAAGAUCAGGAAUGGCGGCAAAUUUUCAAUAAAUCUAUCGAGGGUCACGGAAAUAGUAGCGUUAUGCUAAGAGGGAAUCAUUUAUAUAUCUGCAAGAAAGAUAGCGAAAUGAGAUUAAGAAAGAACAGAUGUUUCCUCCAACUGCAAGAUAAAGGAAGAUUCGAGGGUAAUUUGCAAAUUGUUUCAAGGUUGAUUGUAAAAAAAGCCGUUCAAUCUAUAGCCGUUGAUUCACAAAUCGGAACUAUACUCUAUAAGCAUAAAACUGAAGAUCUAUUCAUAGCUACAACUAAUAAUGGACGAACGUGUCUCAGAGGUGAAAAUUCCGGCACAUACUGGGCUGCUGAUAAUUGUCGAAUCUUAUCAGACUUUAUUGCAUCUGAUUGGGAAAAGUCUGCUCAAGUUAAUGCUCACGAUAUGAAUCGAUACUUUAUCAGAAAUGAAGUUGUAACGGAUAGCUAUUUAAGUGCUCAGUGCAAGAAACAAGUUCUUUCCUUCAACAAUCGUGACUGUGAAUUUAACGGCCUGACUGGCUGGCAAACAGUAGGCACGAACUCAUCUCUUAAUAGGACUGAAGAAAAGAGAAGAUCAGGCGUAAGCAGUUGUAAGCUUGAUGGUAUUAUGAAACAGAAAAUUUCAGUAUCGUAAGUAUUAAUAGUCAAUAAGUUAAAAAGCUUAAGUAUUGAUACACGAACAAAUAGAUCACUCGAAUUACUAGUGUCUGUGUAUAGUCAACCAAUCGACAAUCACUUACAGGUCAAUUAUGGAAUGACAGCUGUGGUUAGUAGUUUUAAUAAACAAAAGUUCAAUAGAUACAAAUUAGUCAACUUUUUUUGUAAUAAUCGUGCUUCAUAAUAAUUGUAAAUUUCAUUCUUAUGAAUAAUCUAAAUUAUUACGUAUCAGGCAAAAACUGCAAGUGAAGAACAUAUUGUGACCACAAGUUUUGAUUCGUCCCAGAAAAAGUGGCAUAAACGAAGUAUUCAUUUCGAAACAGAUUCGAAAAUGGUAAGUCUAGAAUUACAGAUUCAAGGUUCUGCAUAUUUCGAUGAUAUUCAUGUGGUGUCGUUGGAAAAGAGUGAAUCUUCAAUUUGUUUGACGUCGUAAGUGUUGAAAAUAAAUUUAUUCAAGCAACGCAAAAAUGCAUAGUUACUUUAAUCGCUCUACAUUUGAAACAAAAAUUUGUGUCGACACUUUAGUUUUUAUUUACUACGGAGGAAAAAAUUACAUCCGAACUUAUGAAAAAAAACAGAACAUCAAACCGGACAGUAGUUCAGAUAUACCUGUUAAAUUAGGUAGUAAAUUAAGUUCUAUCCAACUUUGCAAUGAUUUCUUCUUCCAAUAAAUCCGACAUAUCAUUAGCUUGAACCUCCAAGGAUAAACCCUCCAAUUUUCUCUUAAGAGCAUCCUUCGAUGACGCUAUUAACAUCUUUCGCUUGAUUGGUGCAUUAUCAGGUGCCCUGUAGAUAAGUGACAAAAGAAAAUUACAAAUUUAGUCUUUUAAACAACCAGACUUAAUAAACGAUCAAAGUAUUUAAAUUACUACAAAGCACUUGCAAAGCUGGCCAAGUAAAUACAUUUUAUCAAGAUGUUGGCAGUAAACGAGCUUGAACGCGAGAACGGCAGGUUUUGGCAACUUAUAUCAUUCGUAUAUAUAAAUGGGCUUGUAAAUAAAAUAUCUUUCUUAUUAAAUUCUCUCCUAGCAAUCAUUAAGCCUUUAAGAGAUACUAAAGUAAUAAAAAAGACUCCCCUAAGUUAAUUUAGUUUCUUAAAAUAUUAUCAAUAAAAUAUGAGUCAUUUUACGCAGAAACGGUAGCCGUUGUUUUACUCUUUUUAAAAUGAGUUCAGUGUCAAAUAUACAAGAUAUAUUGUAUCAAACGCUGAGUAGUGUAAACUUUAUUCUCUUUAUAUGUAAAGCUAUUUAAAACACUCGACCUUUGGUAAAGAAUAGCUUUUUUUCAGGAAAGCUUGUAGAUAAUACUCUCCGUGGUUGUUUACAAUUGAAAUCACAACCACAAGUAUCUAAAUAUAAUAAUUGAAUGCAUUAAUUUAAUGUUGGAUGCAUUGCGGUAAAUUGAACGAAUAAAAAAUUGUGAAAAGCUUUUAUCGUAUUCUACCAUUUUUAAUUGGGAAAUCCCAGAUAUUAUCGGUAAUGAUUCACCAAGUCUGUUAAGAUUGAUUUUAAACGAAUUUUUUUAAAAAUUAGACCAAUGACCUAGUCGGGUCAGUGGGGCGGUAACGCCAACAUCUUAGGUGAUCCCAAGAACAUCCGCCAUUUUAAAAUUAAAGUUAAAUAGUAAAUUAAGGCUUACCAGUGAACGAAUAUGACUUUUUCUUGUUUCGCUCCAUCAGACUUCUUAUUAAAAUGGAAGUCGACUACAGCAUAGCGUACAUCGCAAGGUGGAAGUUGGUCAGUAAAAUCCUUCCAUGCGAAGCCAUCGUAAUUCUUUUUU